UGUAAAGUGCUUCCUAUUUAUCAUACAUGUACUUUGUAAAUAAGCAUGUUGUGUCGUUUAUUUAAGGUUCUUCUCUAUUUACCGUAUUAAAUGGCAUUGUUAUGGCUUUGACAAUAAGCAAAAGUAAAUCGCCUACAAUACCGAUGUGUAAACUGUAGCCUAUACUGUUCAGAGCUGAGAGACAAAUAAUGAUUCAGCGAUAUCAGCAUCUCUCCCCGUGUGUUGUUCUGGGAUUUUGAUUAGAAACAAAAUCCUUUCUAUUAAAUAUGUGAGCUAGCUAGUAUCGAAAGAAUCGGGAGAUAAUUGUAGAAAGUAGUAGAAACAGAAAAGAGGUUAGAAUAAGUUUAAAUGAUACUAAAUGGGCGAGGCUUCGCGGCCCGGAAGUUGUUUGUCAUUUGUGAGGAGCAAAAUGUCUAAAUAAUAAUUCUCAUAUAAAUGUAUAAAAUAUGUAUUUCAGUUCGAAGUAUCUCAGUGUCGUUGUGUAAUUAUUGUCCAGACAGAACCUCUUGACGGUGUUGUUAGUACUUGGUUCCUGUUACUUUUGUCAGCGCUGGUCAGGAUGGACUAAUCACAGUAGUUUCUGAUUGCUGCGUAUUGAUUUGUAAAUAGCUGCUUUUGCAGGUUUUCAUGUGUGUCAGGUGUUCUCACUAUGGAGAGCCAGAAACAGGUGCUGGAGAGGCUGCGGGGCGCUUUCCGCUCAGGUGUGACCCGUCCAGCCCAGUUCCGUUUGACUCAACUGCAGGCCAUGAUGUCACUGUUUGAAGACAAUGAAACACAGAUUUUGGAAGCAAUGCAUAAAGAUCUUGCUAAGCCCAAGUUUGAGGCAGUGCUGUCAGAGAUUGAUAUUGUGGUGAAUGACCUUUGCUACACCAUCAGCAACCUGCAAACCUGGAUGCAGCACUCUUAUGUGGGCACAAACCUGGCAACAAAGCUGGAUGACUGUUUUGUUCGCAGGGAGCCAUUAGGUGUAGUUUUGAUUAUUGGCGCAUGGAACUAUCCUCUUCAGCUAAUUUUGUCACCUUUGAUUGGAGCAAUUGCUGCAGGUAACUGUGCUAUUCUGAAGCCAUCAGAAAUAAGUCAAGCAACCGAAAAACUUAUUGCUGAACUCAUUCCUAAGUACCUGUCCCAGGAGUGUUAUGCAGUCAUUUGUGGUGGAGCAGAAGAGACCAAGGCGUUGCUGGAGAAUAGAUUUGAUCAUAUCUUCUACACAGGCUCACAGUCAGUGGCUCGUUGCAUCCUGCAGGCCGCAGCGGUGCACCUCACCCCAGUUACUCUGGAGCUGGGUGGCAAGUGCCCUUGUUUGAUAUAUGGCCGGCUAGACAUGAAAGCUGCUGCUAAGAGGCUGGUGUGGGCCAAGUUUUUCAAUGCAGGACAGAGCUGUGUGGCUCCAGACUAUGUUUUAUGCACCGCUGAGACAAGAGAAAUGCUGUUACCUUUUAUAAAAGAGGCUCUGGAGAGCUUUUAUGGAUCUGAGCCCCAGCAAAGCCCAGAUAUGGGACGUAUCGUGACAGACAGGCACUGGAACCGACUGGUUGAGCUGCUAAAAAAGUCUGAGGGAAAGGUAGUGAUUGGAGGAGAGAGUGUCAGAGAGAACAAGUACAUGGCCCCCACUGUCAUCGUGGAUGUAAAGGAGUCAGAUGCUUUAAUGCAGGAGGAGAUUUUUGGCCCCAUUCUCCCCAUUCUGACCAUCAAGUCUCUCGAUGAAGGAAUCAAUUUUAUCAACGAGAGGGAAAAGCCCCUGGCACUUUACGCCUUCUCUGACGAGUCUCAAGUUGUUACUACAGUUCUGGAGAGGACCAGCAGCGGAGGCUUCUGUUCCAAUGAUGGAAUAGCUCACAUGACCCUUCCUGGUUUACCCUUUGGUGGAGUGGGUGCCAGUGGGAUGGGCAACUACCACGGUCGCUGGACCUUUGAGACAUUCAGUCACAAGCGUGGCUGCAUGCUGAGGGGCUGGGGGCUGGAGCGUGUCAAUGUGCUGCGCUACCCUCCCUAUACCGAAAGCAAUCUCAGCUGGCUGCGCUGGGCCACCACUGCCAAGAAGAAGGGGUGGUGGGCAGGAUGCUCUGUUAUGUGAGGGCUGUUAUGUGUCUGAUGCUGACAGAUUGCAACCUGGGAACCGAAAACAUAUGCCUUAGCUUUCACCAAUGUUUGGUUACUGUGAGUUUGGUCAUCAACACAAACCUAAUCUUUGGUUUUCAAUUGUGAUAUCAUUCAAAACACCACCAGAGGUCAGCAUUGAGAUACGUUGCUUCUGCGGGAUGCUUCUGUGGUGAGAGAAAGAGGCCAUUUACUUGAUGAUGAUUAGUUUAUUUUAACUACCAUUGUUCUGAUACACUACUCAAUUUUAUGUGUUUAUUCACAUCUGUGCAUUAAAAAAAUCCAGUCUAUGGAUAUUUAAUUAAACAAAUCAUCCGAUAUUUGUAAUUAAAUACUACAGUAAAGGGGGGCAUGGAUAGCAUUAUGUUUGGAUACUUUAGUAUCUUAUACUGCUACAUAUUUUCUGCUCUAUAGCUCAUUAUUCUUUCUAUUGGUGAACAUAUCAAGGAACAUUUCUAGUUUAUGAGUUGAAUACUUAAUGCAUCAUUUUCAUCUGUAAGGUUGAGUACAAAAAUAAAGUCUGACAAACAUGUUUACCCUCAGGAAA